AAAAUUUUAAACCCCACACGCUCAUUACUAAGAGCAGAGAGGUUUUUGGAUUUUUAGGUUCGAACGUUUUCUUCCAUCCCACUUCCUCAGCAGCCACACCAUCAAUGGGGAAAAACAAGAGAUCCGAUAAGAGACCCGAAUUCGACCACUCACCUGCCACCGUCUUCGUCACCAACUUGCCUUACUCUUUUACGAACUCUCAGCUUGAAGAAACAUUUAGCGAUGUUGGUCCAAUCAGGCGUUGCUUUAUGGUUACGAAAAAGGGGUCAACUGAGCAUCGUGGUAUUGCCUUCGUACAAUUUGCUGUUGCCGAAGAUGCUAACCGUGCAAUUGAGUUGAAGAAUGGUUCUUCAGUUGGAGGUCGGAAAAUUGGAGUUAAACAUGCAAUGCACCGCGCUUCAUUGGAGCAACGACGAUCAAAGGCAACCCAAGAUGAUGCAACAAAGACAAAGAAUGACAACAAUGGUCUUCUUACUUCGGCUGUAGAAGCACAUGGUUCAGACCUGCCAAAAUUAGCAAAGCCUGUGCAACCUAAAAAAGCAGCAACACUUUGUUCCGAUCUAGCUGAUAAAGAGAAUUGUUCAGAGAAGCAGAGGGUUGCUAGGACUGUUAUAUUUGGUGGUCUUCGUAAUGCUGAGAUGGCAGAAGAUGUUCACCGACGUGCAAAGGAGAUUGGCACUGUCUGUGCUGUAACUUAUCCUCUUCCAAAAGAAGAGCUUGAAGAACAUGGUCUUGCACAAGAUGGAUGCAAAAUGGAUGCUUCAGCUGUACUUUUCACAAGUGUCAAAUUGGCUCAUACCGCUGUGGCAAUGUUACACCAAAAAGAGAUACAUGGAAGCAUUGUUUGGGCACGCCAGCUUGGUGGCGAGGGCUCUAAGACUCAAAAGUGGAAGCUCAUUAUACGAAAUCUUUCUUUCAAGGCUAAAUUAAGUGAGAUAAAGGAUAUGUUUUCAGCAGCAGGGUUUGUUUGGGAUGUCUUUAUUCCACAUAAUUCUGAAACAGGGUUAUCCAAGGGUUUUGCUUUUGUCAAAUUCACAUCUAAACAGGAUGCAGAAAAUGCCAUUCAAAAGUUCAAUGGGAAGACCUUAUGUAAAAGACCCAUAGCUGUUGAUUGGGCUGUUCCGAAGAAACUUUAUGGUGCUGGUGGUAAUACUGCUGUUACUUCGGAUGAUGGGCAGCUAAAUAAAAAAGACGAGGAAAGUGAUGGUAGUAGCAUUGAUAUGGAGGAUGAAGGUGGGGAUAGUGAUAAUGAUAUUGAUGAUGGUAUUGCUUCAAAUGAUUCAAAUAAGUCAGAGAUGGAAAGGACUUCGACAGCAGUGGAUUUUGAUAAGGAAGUAGACAUUGCUAGAAAAGUGCUGAAUAACUUGGUGAUGUCCUCUUCUAAAGAUUCUCCUUCCCUUCAAGAUAAUGGUGUUCUGCCCAAGAGUGAAGACAAUACUAAUGUAGAUGAAACCAUCAAUGUGCAAAAUAAGUUACCCGUUGAAUCUGCAAUAGGAUCAGAUGUGAUUAAACCUGAAAAAUCUGGUACAAAUAAACAAAUAGAUAGUGAAGAGGAAUUGCAGAGAACAGUUUUCAUAAGCAACCUUCCGUUUGAUAUCGACAAUAAAGAAGUAAAAGAAAGGUUUUCUGGAUUUGGGGAAGUGCAAUCCUUUAUACCAGUCCUUCAUCCAGUUACCAAGCGACCGAGAGGAACUGGUUUCCUCAAGUUUAAAACAAUAGAUGCGGCUACUGCAGCAGUUUCUGCAGCAAAUGCUUCUUCUGGCUUGGGUAUUUUUCUCAAAGGUAGACAGAUCAAAGUGUUGAAAGCUUUGGAUCGGAAAUCAGCACAUGAUAAAGAAUUGGAGAAGGCUAAAGCUGAGGAACAUGACCUUCGUAACCUUUACUUGGCAAAGGAAGGCCUUAUAGUCGAGGGGACUUCAGCUGCUAAAGAUGUUUCAGCUAGCGAUAUGGAAAAACGCCAAAUGUUGCAUGAAAAAAAGAUGACCAAGCUUCAAUCUCCGAAUUUUCAUGUCUCAAAGACAAGACUUGUUAUUUAUAAUUUGCCAAAGUCCAUGACUGAAAACGAAUUGAAACAACUUUGUAUCGAUGCAGUUACCUCGCGAGCUACAAAACAAAAACCUGUGAUACGACAGAUUAAGUUCUUGAAAACUGUGAAGAAGGGAAAGAUUGUUGUUAAAAAUCAGUCACGUGGGGUUGCCUUUGUUGAGUUUACAGAACACCAGCACGCACUUGUUGCCCUAAGGGUUCUUAACAAUAACCCAGAAACUUUUGGUUCUGAGCAUCGUCCAAUAGUGGAGUUUGCUGUCGAUAAUGUGCAGACAUUGAAGCUGCGGAAAGCAAAGUUACAAGCUCAGCAGCAAGAUGCUAGUGAUAAUUUGAACGAUGCACUGCAAAAUGCUAAAGCACAUCCAUUUGACGAUCACACUAACAAAUCCAGAAAACGGAAAUCUAGAGAUGACCAAAGGGCAACGAAACAUUCAGAGUUGAAAAAGGCUGAGAUGGAAAACGUGGUUGCCACCGAAGAAGGCCAAGCUAGUAAGAAGCCAAAGCAUAAACCAACCGGUGAAAAGAGAAAACCAUCUUCGAAAGAAAAUUUUGAAGGCUCCAAUCAGAAGUUGAAAGGAUCAAGGCAUAAGCCCAAGGAUCGUAAAGGUGGCGCAAAACCUGCUAUUGGUAGUUCCGAUAAGGUUGAAACAAAUGUUAAUGAGACCAGCAAAUUAAAGUUGAAAGAGGUGAAAGCAGUUUCGCACCCAAAAGAGAGGACACGACAAGAAAAGGCAAAGCCGGAGGAAAGAGAGACAAAUUUAAAAAGGAAAAGGCCGAAAAGGAAUAAAGAUCCAUCAGGCCGAGACGUGGGAGACAAACUUGAUAUGCUAAUUGAACAAUACAGAUCUAAGUUCUCACAGCCGAGAUCCGGAACACCCGACGCGGAAAAGCAAGGUUCUAAGAAGCUUAGAAGGUGGUUUCAAGCUUAAUUCCAUUAGCAGCAGGUUAGAACCAGGUUUGUAGCAUAUCCCAUCAUACUCAUCUUUAAGGGGAAAAUAUGAGAAUAUUAGAUGAGGCACUUGAUAAUGCAAUUGCUAUAAAUUUAGUACCUCGUUGAAAGGUUUUAACAAUUUUGUGCACUCUGUAACACAAAUGUACCAAUUUCAUACUAGUCUGUUGAAUAUUCUUUACGCUAAAAA